AUGACUACACCACACAUGUCACAAAGAUAUCAACCAAUUAAAAUUGAGGAUACAGACAGCCUCAGCCAAAUUAACGAAGAGAAAUUGUCUAUAGAAAAGAAAUCCAAUGCUGUAAUAUAUGCAGCAGUUGCUAUUGGCUGUUUCUUACUUUUAACUUUAACAAUAGUUUUAACUUUGUAUUACACAAAGAGACAUGUUAGGAAUGCUGGAACAGCAAGCUCUUCAAUAUCAGUCCAAGAUAUUCAAGAAGGUACUGUAAUUAAUCCAGAAAUAGAUGGAGAAGAUGAUGAUUUGCUUUCAAAGGUGCCUUUGUGGACUAAAACAAUAGAAAACCCCGGCCCAUUUAUUACGGAGUUCGAAGAAGACGAGGUCGGAUAUUUCUUCAUGAUCGCUGCAAAUGCUUUUAAUAAUUAA